AUGCCGUCGACGUCGCUUGCCCUGACGCCGGGCUUGGGGUCUUUCCUCAAAUCCCUCAAGACUCACCCGGUCGAGACCUCUAUUGAGAAUCUCAUUUCAUUGCUCAAACGACGACAAAUCCGCCAUUCGCGAUCAUGCGCUACGGCAACCGCCUACUUGCUUCGCCAUGUUGUCUCGGUGUGCAAGACAUCCGACCCGCUGAAGCUCAUUGAGCGAGUACAGACCGUGGGAAGGAGGCUCGUCGCGGCCCAGCCGCGUGAGAUGGUGGUGGGCAACGUUGUGCGACGAGUGCUCGGACUCAUUCGUGAUGAGGCAGAAGACGACCAUGAAGCUGAGUUUGCUCUGAGUGAAGCUGGAUCAGAGUCUCAGCCUCAAACUCCCCGGGCUUUCGACGAUCCGUCCCCAUCACUUCCCUUGGAUAGAGAUAUGCUUUCUCUCCGUGCAGAGGGCGCAGAGCGCUCAUCAUCUCGCCCUACCCUUCACUCCAUGUUCAGCCUCCUCUCCCACCCCGAAGCAGAAUUCUCACCUAUAAGCACCCCGGGGACACAAUCUCCAAAUGGACGGAUGCCCGGCCACGGUCCCGGAAAAGAUGUCAAGGCCGAAGUGUUGGAAGGUAUCGGUGAGAUCAUUGAUGAACUGGGUCAGGUCGACGAUCAGAUUGCGUCCUAUGCAUUGGAGCACAUUCAUUCCAAUGAGAUCAUCCUCACACAUACCUCAUCCACGACGGUGCAAAAGUUCCUUGUCAAGGCCGCUACUAAGCGCAAGUUCACCGUCAUUCACGCCGAAUCCUUCCCCAACAACCAUGAAGCUACCCACGCCACUGUCAGCGGCAACCCCCUCGACGAUGACGAGAACCUGAGCACCGAGGCAUUCCAGAAGCCUCUGAUUGCCCUCGGCAUCACUGUCAUUCUCAUCCCAGACUCUGCCGUCUUUGCUCUGAUGUCUCGUGUCAACAAGGUCAUCUUGGGCACACACUCCGUCCUCGCGAACGGUGGUCUCGUUGCUGCUGCUGGCACUCGGGUCAUUGCUCGCGCUGCCAAGGUUCACCAAACUCCCGUGGUUGUUGUGAGCGGUGUUUACAAACUGAGCCCGGUCUAUCCCUUCGAUUUCGACUCUCUCAUCGAAUACGGCGACGCCAGCAAGGUCCUCCCCUAUGAGGACGGCGAUCUCGUCGACCAAAUUGACGUCCAGAACCCAAUCUAUGACUACGUCCCGGCCGAGCUGGUUGACCUUUACAUCACCAACUUGGGUGGUCAUGCUCCGUCAUACCUCUACCGUAUUGUGUCCGACCACUACCGGAAGGAGGACAUCAGCUUCUAA